CUUCUCGUUCAGUCCGACUUCCUUGAUAAAUAGGCUAAGCCAAGCCCGAGCCGCUCCUACGGAGUCCCACCUCGCCGCCGCCAAACCCUCGCCCCUCUUCCACCGGAGCCUACCGAGCUCUCCCACUCCAGAAAUUCUCCGAGCGGGAGCUCGCCCCCUCCAACGUCGCGUCCUCCUCCAGCUCCACAGGGCCUGGUGUUCGCGAGAUUCCCGUUGGUUCCCGCGACCCCGCGCGCAGUAAUCCCUAGGCGGGCUCGUCCGCCAUGUUUCCGCCCAAAGGGCCCAAUCCCUACGGGCAGCAACCACCGUACGGCGGGCAGCAAUCUUACGGCGGCCAAAUCCCUGGUAGCAGUGGAUUUGGGGCCUCAGCUGCGGCAGGUGCCCGUGCCGGACAGGGUGCUGCUGGGCAGUAUGGAGGGCCUUACGCGUCGGUGUAUGGCACACAGCAGGUUGGGGGAGUUGGUGGCAAAGGUCCGGAUUCUUCUAGUCUUCCUAGCCUGCCACCUCAUACAUCUUCACUAUCUCAGUCAUCCAAGUUCUCGUCUGGAUCUGCAGGGUCUAACUUGGCAAGACCAAACGAUGACUAUAUGGCUGUGCGUGGAUAUGCACAGAAGCUAGACCAGUAUGGUACUGAUUACACAUCAGAGAGAAGAAUGUAUGGUGAACACUCAGCUAAUCUUGGCAGGAGGGAUGGCCUUACUGAUUUGGAUAGAAGAUACCCUGAUCAUAUACCUGCAGCCCAUCAGAUUCAUGACCGUGUGGAGCAGGGUUCAACAAUGCGCCAUCAGCCACUUCUGAAAGCUCAGUUGGCGCCUGUGUCUGAUAUGAGACAAGCCGAUUACUUUGCAGGAAGGUCUGCUCCAAUCCAUCAAGAAUCUCAGGAAAUUGGUACAUAUGGAAGGGCUGAAGCUGAGCAUCGCAACUUGUCCAUUCUUGGGAAUGUUCCAUAUGGAGGACAACAGACAUCUUCAUUGUUGGGAGGCGCCCCUAGGACAAACAUUGAUAGUCUUGGCUAUGGGCAAGGAUCAUCAAGCAGUGGUUAUGGGAUGAGUCUGCCCCCUGGACGUGACUAUGCCUCGGGGAAAGGCCUUCUCCAUCCAUCUUCAGAUUCUGAUUACCGUGACAACAUCUUACCCCGUGCACGUCAAGGCAUCUCCAUGGUUGAUGAACGUGCAAUUGACCGGAUUGGUUAUCGUCGUGAGCUGGAUCUAAGAGAUGAGGAUCGUCGAAGGGAUCUGCUACUUGAAAGGGAAAAGGAGCUUGAACGGGAGCGCGAACGGGAGUUGCGAGACCUUCGAGACCGUGAAAGAGAAAGAGACCGUGAAAGAGAAAGGGAACGUGAAAGGGAAAGGGACCGUGAAAGAAUAAGGGAACGCGAAAGAGAAAGGGAGCGGGAGCGUCAAAGGGAACACGAAAGAGAACGUCUUCGCGAGCGCCGCGAGAAGGAGAGGGAGCGGAACAAGAAGCAUGUAGCUGAUUCAAGGCGUGAGCGCACUCCACCUAGAACCCCUGGUGAUCGACGACGUUCUUCUUCUGUUAGGUCUGAGAAGCCUUUGCGGCGCCUUUCACCUCGACGUGAUGCUGUGCAUAGGCAUCGUUCACCUAUUAAAGAAAUAAAGAGAGAUUAUUUGUGCAAGGUUUUGCCAUUUCGGUUGGUGGAUGAUGAGAGAGACUGUUUAUCUUUGACAAAAAGAUAUCCUAGGUUAUCAGUUAUUCCAGAUUUUUCUAAGAUUGUCUUGAACUGGGCUAAAGAAAGCCUAAAUCUUUCACUGCAUACACCAGUGAGUCUGGAGCAUGCCAUCUGUGAAGAUGACGAUAAAGCUGAUGAAAGCGCACUGGUCUCUUCUGAGAACACAUCAAGCAUAAAGACCCCUGAAACCAUUUGGAAUGCAAAGGUACUUCUGAUGAGCGGUAUGAGCAAUGGUGCCUUUGCUGACAUAACAUCGAUGAGAAGUACUGAGGAACGAGUGGUGCACUUGAACAAUAUCUUAAAAUUUGCUGUAUUCAAGAAGGAUCGUUCACUUCUUGCUAUUGGAGGCCCUUGGAAUGCAGCACUUGAUGGUGGAGAUCCAUUGGCUGACUGUUCUUGCUUGAUUCGAACUGCUAUCAGAUAUGUGAAGGAGCUGGUUCAAGUCGAUCUAUCUAAUUGUACCAGUUGGAAUCGUUUCCUCGAGGUCCAUUACAACAGAGUUGGCAAUGAUGGACUCUUUAGUCACAAAGAAAUUACUGUACUGUUUGUGCCAAACCUGUCGGAAUGCGUACCAUCUAUGGAUAUAUGGAGGAACAACUGGAUUGCAUACCGAAAAUCAAAGAUAGAAAGGGAGCAACUGAUUAUGAAGGAAAAGAGCCCAGGUGAUCCAAAGGAACAGAAACAAGCAGUUUUAGAGGAGCCAAACGAGGCUAAAAGUACGAAUGAUCAAUUAAAGGAGGGUGAUGGUGCUGCCAAGAUUGAGAAAAUUGAUGCUGAUAUGGAACUGAAGGAGGGUGAUGGUGCUGCCAAGAUUGAGAAAAUUGAUGCUGAAAUGGAACUGAAGGAGGGUGAUGGUGCUACCAAGAUUGAGAAAAUUGAUGCUGAUAUGGAAGAACAGGGCAAAGAUGGAGAUGUCAAUCUUGCUGGUGAUGGUGGGAAGAAUCAUGACAAUGUUGGGGAGCAAGUUGAGAAGAUCGUGGGGGUUGUUGAAGAGAACACUUCUGGUGAUGCUUCUGUUGACCAUGUCACCGAGGAUAAAAAGCCCAUGAGAAAGAAAAUAAUAAAAAAGGUUGUGAAAGUUGUUCGAAAAAAGCCAACUGCUGAAGCUCCAGUGGAUAAAUCGCCUCAGGUUGACAAGAAUGCCGUGGCAGAAACUGCGAGCAAAACCGUCCAAAAGCACAUUGAACAGAAAAGUGAGGAUCUUGGGAAAGAGAAGGCGGGAGCUGGCAUCGUUCAACAGCCUGAGGCUAAGAAAACUGGGAAGAAGAAGGUCAUUCGAAGGAUUGUUAAAAGAAAAGUUCCUGCUUCAGCGACUGAGCCAACAGCCCUUGCUGCACCUGCUGAAGCAAGUAAACAAGAUGUGGAUGUUCAAACGGAGAAGAUUGCUGAAGGCGUCACUGAUGCUGGGAAUUCACAGACUAAGCUGGAAGAAGGAUUGAAAAUUCCCGCUGAAGAUAUUUCAAACCAGAAGAAAGAAGAAGGAUUGAAAACUCCUGCUGAAGAUACCUCAAAUCAGAAGAAAGAACAGGAGCUGGAGAUAAAGGGAGACAUAAUGACUGAUGAUCAAAAGGCAAAUACAGAUAAUGUUAACCAGCAGGAAGUUAUAGAACAGAAAGAUCCGAAAAUUGAUGAAACAAACGAAAAGAGUGACCAGAAAAAGGAUGACAACGAAACAAAGGAUAAAGACCAGAAGAUGGACUCAAAGAAAAAGUCGCCCAUUGACACCAAAGAAAAGAAGAAGUCUGAUGAGCCUCCGAAACACCCAGGAUUCAUUCUCCAGGCCAAAAAGAGCAAAGGAUAUAAACUCCGUUCAACAUCCCUUUCAUUGGAUGGCCUCCUGGACUACACCGCCAAUGAUACAGAGGAGUCUGUAUUUGAGCUUUCUUUGUUUGCCGAGUCUUUCAGCGAAAUGCUUCAGUACAGAAUGGGUUGUGUGAUCUUGUCUUUUCUUGAGAAACUUUACAGGCAGUAUGUUGUGAGGAGGAAUCAACGUAAGCGCCAAAGAGAGGAAGAUCUAAAGAAGGAAGACACAAUAUCCUUGGAGAAGCGACUAAAGACAACUGAUGAGAAUGUAACUGGAAGUACCUCAGGUAACCCAGGUAAAAAUGAUGAAACAAUAAAAGAGGGUGGAGAAAAGAUAAUUGGCGAUAAUUCAUCAGCUUCCCAUGAGCAACUGGUCAAAGAGGAUGAUGAGAAGAUGAGUACAGAUCAUGCUGCCCAGGAUGAAAUGAUGAAAGAGGGCGAGGAAAAGAUUGAUGCAGAUCAGUCAGCAGCUGCCCAUGAUGAACCUAAAGCUGAUGAGAAAAUGGAGGAAGAAGAUCCUGAAUAUGAAGAAGAUCCCGAUGAAGUAGAAUAUGAGGGCGACGAGGACAUGGAUGAUGCCACUGCUGAAGAGCCGGCAGAAGCACAGAAUGAGGAUAACUCAAAUGAAAGAGAAACCAAGCCAGAAGAGGUAACCGCAGAAGAUGAUGGAAAGAGGACAACGGAGAAUCUUAAAUUGGAAAAAACAGAAGAGGACAAGCAGUCUGUAGCAGAGAAAGGAGAUUUGAAAGAAGUUGAAGAGAAAUCUGUUGGUAAGGAGGGAAAGAUAUCUGGAUCACAGAAAGGAGAUUCAGCGAAACAUGAUGUGGUUGAUAAGGACCUGUUGCAGGCUUUUAGGUACUUCGACCAAAACAGAGUUGGUUAUAUAAAGGUGGAUGAUUUAAGGUGCAUCCUUCACAACUUGGGGAAAUUUUUAUCCAACAGGGAUGUGAAGGACAUGGUUCAAAUUGCUCUUGCCGAGAGCAAUUCUUCAAGGGAUGGUCGCAUUAUCUAUACAAAGCUUGUCAAGAAAGCUGACCUCUGAUCUGGACCUGGUUUUGGCCCUAGCAGCUCGUUGAGUUAUGGAACUUGUUUGUUGGAGAUUCUUGGCAGUGAAUCGAUGAUCAAUGGAAAGUCAGCUGAAUAGUGUACUUCUAUGUAGCUGGGAGCUAGUUUUCAUUUCUUUGAAUGAAUAUUUGUUAAUGAACUUAACAAAAAUUGAUAUCGUUUGUAUGUUGACCUACUAGAAAAUUUUCAUUAGAUUUUUUUUCCACACAGCAAACAUAAUGGCCUAAUAAUAAUAACAUUUGCUGGUGUUGUAUUUUCGAA